UUGUAAAUAAUUUUUGGUCAUACAUACCACACUUUCUUGUAAUUCUCCAAUAAGAAACGGGCAUAACCGACGUCGUUGCACCAGACACGAUAGCAAUCCCUUUUGGCUACGAAACAACGGAAAAGGGGGUUUCGAAGCCGCCAUUGGCAUCGAGCUCAAAGGGUUUGUUGUUGUUCGGAGAAGAUGAUGGGGAUGGUACAGUUGCAGUAACUACAGAGAUGCAAAUGGCGCUUACAGUAAGGUUGUUUCUACACCCGAUCAAGGCAUCUCUCACUUCACUCUCCUCCUCUCCUUCAUCAUCAUCCCUUUCUCGUUCAACAAUCCCGUUUUAUGGAAGAUUUGAACCUUUGAAGACAUGUGUAAAGGGCCUUGAACCUGUACUGCUACAGAAUCACUGUCGAAGAAGCUCUCACUGGAAAUUGUAUGUACAAAGAUGUUAUGCGAACAAUUUCUGCAAUCCAGGAAGGAAGUUGGUUAUGGGGAGUGUAUUUGGUGCAUCGGUUGUAUUUGGAUGGAUCUUCCUUCGACCACGUGUUGCGUAUGCUAUGGAUGGUUUUGAUGUCUGGGGUGAUGAUCAUCAUUUUGACUUGUCAAAUGCUUCAGAUGCAGAAGAAGAUGCACGCAAUUUUUUGGCAUUGGCUAGAAAAUUGUUGCUGCCUGUUUUUCUCUUCUUAACCGUGAUGAUGAAUUGGGAUCACCCUAUCAUUCUUGCAACUAAAAUUAUUCUUAUUCUUGUUGGUACAAAGCCAAGCCCCUUCUCAGUGUACCUGUUUAUUGAACAGUUGCGGCGUCAAUUUAUGCGCCAACACCCUUUCUUGUACAAAUUUAAGUCAUUAUAUGCCAAGAAAGUUGAAGUUGACGACUACACAUUUCUCUGCCUGGCACGAGUUGAAUUAGAAGAUCAGAAGUUCACUUUGAUCGGAAUUCUGGGUAGUUGGUGGGUAUUGCCAUGGUCACCAUGCCAGGGAGCAUUUUCCGUACUUAGGAACAAAGUUCUGCAGGGAUAGAAAUGGAGGUACCUAGUGAAAAUUGCUUUGUUAAUCUCAGUUAUAGUCAAGAUGUUAAUCUCAGUUACAUCAUUCAGUUUUUUAUUUUUUUGACUUCUAUCAAUUUUGUAAAUUAAUAAAAUACUAAAAAAAGUGUUUCAU